AUUAACAAGGUACGGUUGAAUGAGAAGCCCGACGGAAUUUGGAUGAUGAUCCAUGGCUACGUGUUCGACAUUGUGAACUUGCUCGAGCACCAUCCCGGAGGGGCAGAGUGUCUCCUUGACUGUGCUGGUGUGGACGCCACACGUGUUUUUGAUGACGUGGGACACUCUGACAUUGCAUGGGAGAUGCUUGAGAACUGUUGCGUUGGU